AUGCGUCAUCGCCGUUCUGCUAAUUCAAAAUAUUCGACGCAAAAAUUUCAAACCAAAUAUUACAUUUACUGUAAAUCUGCAAAGAAGAAAGUACAAGUAUGCCAAAAAUUCUUUUUGACAGUUUUACAAAUCACAAAAUAUAGAGUGCAAAGUAUUAUGAAGACAUACUUUGAGACCGGACAAAUUUUAACAAAAAAAAGAGGAGGUGACCAUAUUUCUAAUAAAUAUCUGCACAAACGCGAAGCUAUUAAAAGAUUUAUCAAUAAAAUUCCAUGCCAAGAACCUCAUUACUGUAGAGGGAAUACCAAAAGGUAUUAUUUGUCAUCGGAAUUGUCCAUUAAUAAAUUAUGGAAGCAAUACAAUAUAGAAGCUAGUCAUGACUUAAAAGUAAAAAAAUCCUACUUUCGACACAUAUUCAAUAGUAACUACAAUCUCGGCUUCGGUACUCCAAGAACAGACGUUUGUGCCACUUGUUUGAGAUUUGCAUCAGAAAUCGGUCACCAAAAUGAUUCUCAAGCACAAAACGAUCUAAUGAUCUCUCAAAGAUUACACAAAUUGAGAGCUAAAGCAUAUUUUGAAAAAGUUAGGGAAGAAAACCCUAACCUAAAGACGUUUUCAUUUGAUUGUGAAAAAAAAUUAAAUUUGCUUAAACUUCCUGACCAAGUCGCAUGCUACCUGAGAAAUAUUUAUUUGUUUAACUUCACAAUAGUGGAGGGCUCUUCAAAAAGCAAGUUAACUCCUACAAACGUGUUUGCCUACUGUUGGACAGAAAAUGUUUUCCCCAAGGCUGCUAACGAAAUUGCGUCAGCCUUGUAUCACCGACUGAAAAACACAGACUUCUCUUCUUGUCAAAUAGUUCGACUUGUCGCUGAUGGCUGUGCAGGCCAGAACAAAAACACUAUUAUGCUGGCUAUGUUAGCUAAAUGGAUGACAGAAGUUCCUCAAAAUGUUAAACAAAUUGAACUAGUGUUUCCCGUAGUUGGACAUUCUUACAUACCACCCGACAGGGUAUUCACUAAGAUCGAAAAGGAAGUCCGGCUCCACGAAGAAAUAAAUAGCCCCCAAAAAUACUUGGACAUUAUUUCAAACUUUAGUACUGUCACUACCUUCGGAGCUACUGAUUGCGAAGUCCUUGACUGGAAAACAGCUUCACAGGAAGUUUUUAAACCUGUGAGCAACUGGCAUUUCAAAUUUAAACAGUGUAAACGUUUCAUUUUAAAACGUUCGAAGAGACCCGGAAAUAUUUUGAUUCAAGGACAUUUACAUUAUAAAUCCGAUGAUGGAGUUAGCAAAAAUGUUUGUAAACCAGGGAAAAAAAGCGCUAUGAUAAAUCCAGAAAAAAUACAUCCUUCGAACAAAUUAACUGCUGCUAAAAAAAAAGAUACACUAACCUGGCUAAGAAGCCAUUGGGGUAACUAUUGGCACUUAAACGAAAUUUUGCAAUUUUUCAAAGAGUUACUACAAGAAUAUAAUGAUGACCAAACUGAGGAUAGUAACCAACAGGGUGAAGACGGUGACAAUAACGAAGAAUUGUGUGAGCCAAAUGAAGAAAUUGAUGACAUGCAUGUGUGA